GAUUGGCCAGCGAGGCAGAGGAGUAGGGGCGGGAAUCAGCGGCUUCGGUGGCGGUCUUCGUGGGCAGAAGUUGAGCGGGCUUCGCAGGAGUCGUGCGGGAGUGACGGGUUAAGGGUCUGAGAGGGAAGCGCCGCUGGCGGGACUCGAUCUGCUAAGGAAUCUACUGCUGACUCAACUUUUCCUGGAAAAAAAUGGACCAUUCCCACCAUAUGGGGAUGAGCACUAUGGACCACAACAGUACCAUGUCACCUUCUCACCAUCACCCGACAACCUCAGCCUCCCACUCCCAUGAUCACAUGAUGAUGAUGAUGCCCAUGACCUUCUACUUUGGCUUUAAGAAUGUGGAACUCUUGUUUUCUGGUUUGGUGAUCAAUACAGCUGGAGAAAUGGCUGGAGCUUUUGUGGCCGUAUUUUUACUAGCAAUGUUCUACGAAGGACUCAAGAUAGCCCGAGAGAGCCUCCUGCGCAAGUCACAAGUCAGCAUUCGGUACAAUUCCAUGCCUGUCCCAGGACCAAACGGAACGAUCCUUAUGGAGACACACAAAACUGUUGGGCAGCAGAUGCUGAGCUUUCCUCACCUCCUGCAAACAGUGCUGCACAUUAUCCAGGUGGUCAUCAGCUACUUCCUCAUGCUCAUCUUCAUGACCUACAACGGCUACCUCUGCAUUGCUGUAGCAGCAGGGGCCGGCACAGGGUACUUCCUCUUCAGCUGGAAAAAGGCAGUGGUAGUGGACAUCACAGAGCAUUGCCAUUAAUGUCAAACUCCAUGAUGUGGCCUUACCCAUUGCAGUGGGAAGCAGUUCAAGACUGGAAAACAGGAUUCCUAGUCCAAUCUUCCCUUCUUCCUCCUUGUCUUCUUACACACAGAUACCCACACGCACGUACUCCUGCUCAAUGGGUUUAGUCUCCGAUCUAAAGUGGUACCCUCCCUUUUCUUUCCCUAGUGAGCUGAGUUUCCCAUUUCUCUUGAAGUGAAGCCACCCAUGAGAUGUCCUGUCUUCCCCCGUCAUCUUAGAUCCAAUCUAUAUGUUCUUAUUUCAUCCAGCUAGCUUUCUGUUUGAUGGCUUGAUCACCUGCUUUUCUAGUCUUCUCUUCUGUUCUUUAAAAAAAAAAAAACUAUGUGAAUCUGGUGGGUUUUUCCUGGGUCAGUGAUGGAAAAGGAUUAACGUUAGCCAGGACUUACACCAGUUGAGGGAAAUUCUUGCCCAACUAAAUUCAAAACCCAAACUUAGCAUUAAAAAAUAUGUUCUAGUCUUUGGACUCAGUGAGUGGGAGAUACAUUGUGCCUUUCCCUAGGUGUGAUGUGAUGCACCGAAAUCUUUGUAGUGGGCAGAGGGAUAGUUUGAGGCUGUAUAAACACAGGCCUGGAGCUCGCAGACGUGUGCAUUCUUGGGUAGCUCAUCAGCUUGUGUUCCAACUUAACAUUUUGAUUAGCAUGAAUUUCUCAAUUAAAAAAAAGACAAUCAAUUUGAGAAAAUAGAAAUAGAUAUUUCUAAGUGAAACCACUGACAUUGUGCUUUGACUUGGUACCUUCAUGUGUCUCAGCUGAAUGAAACAAGCGUUUUAGCCCUUGUCUCCUAUUACUGUUUUCCCGUGUCUCCCUCUAAACCAGCGGUUUUUCAAACUUUAGUAUGCAUCAGAAUCACCUGGAGAGCUUGUUAAAACACUGACUGCUGGGCCUCCACCCAGAGCCCCCAAAUUGGCGUUUUUAACAAGUUCCCAAGUGAUGCUCCUGCUGAUGGUCAGAGGACCACACCGAGAAUCUCUGCUUUAAACUAAGGGAGUAUCACCUGCUGGGUGAGCUGCCUGGUACUGGGCACGGGAAUUUGACUUGGUUUUAGCAGGCGGUAUAUUUGGGCUUGACUCAUGUACUAAAUGCUGCUGGUCAAUAUUUAAUCAUUCCACAAGCAUUUAUCCAGCCCCAGCUGUAUGUAUAUGUGCCCAGGCACACAUGCACAAAAGGCAUUAGCCAAAGUAACAUUUAUUAGCAUAUAUGAAAUCACUAGUCUGUAUUUUUAAAGAUCUGUGAUUUCUUGGAAGUAUCUUGAAGGUUGAUAAAGCCCUUUGAUCUGCACUGUAAGUCAGCCAGUCAUGGGUCAGAAGGGCAAAAGCCCAGCCCUCUCUUUGGAGAGGCUUAGGGUGUGGUCUGCUGAUGGCCAGAUUUUGCUCAACCUCCGAGAUCCAUGCCCACACCAGGCAGAUCCUCAUCCUUUACUGACCAUCUUUUGUUACUCCUGGGGGCUUAAUUAGGUAACGAGUGGACAGAACUUCUUUCCUCAGUGAAGAAUCACAUUGAAUUUUUAUUCUGCUCAGUUGUUAGUCUACAUUGAAGUCUUGUUCCCAGUCCAACCUACCUCUGUGAAGUGACUCUUCUUGUGCUGGUCUAUUAAAUCCUGCCCUCCUUGGUGCUAGACUCAAAUUGUGCCUCCGGGCAGAAGAGACAAAACACAGCUAUCCUGUUGGCCUCUGUUGUGUUUGAAGUUUGUACUUUCUCUGUUGGUGCCAGUUAAAUAUUGAAGGGCAAGAAAUGUGUACUUCCAUGGCUUUGAACCAAGAGAGGGUUAUGAGCUUACUGGAUCAAAGUUAAAAUCUAAGAACCAACAUUUAUAGUUUCAUGCUUUUCUCUCCUUCCAACCCGUUGUAGUGCUGAUACUUAGCAUAAGCAGAGUGAAUGACAGGUACUGACAGAAUCCAGCAUUAAGGUACAAAUAGCCUAUCAUUGUCUCAGAAGACAAGAAAUAAUAAAACCUUGAAUAAUGAAAUAAGAAUCAAUGUUUAGUAGUGACCCUGGUACUCUAGAAAUCUUGACAUGAUCUGCUAUAAAACACCCUUUCAGGUACAGGACCUUAUCAGUAAGGUAGGGAAAAUCAAGGCCAGUUAAGACAAAAUGCUGUGAAUUUCAAAGUCUCAGAGAGAAACAUUGGUUUGGGAUAGGCCUUUGGGUAUUCAAGGUAGAGUCUCAUGAAAAACCUAAAUUCCAGCAAUCUUGGGCUAGGUUGCCAAAGGAAGAAGCUAAUGAAGGGAAAAAAAACAAAUUAAAGCUUAAAUUUCAUCUUUCUUGAGCUCUUGGAUCGUGAUAAUGUAAUGAUCUUACUGACUUUCUUUUCUGUAUCCCUGUGCAUUUAGAAUUUAGUGCCUGGCUUCUUUGUUCCUUUGAGAUCCAAAUUUCUCUUCUCCUCCUGUUCACAUGUGUUAGAAGCUUGUAUCCCCAUGUCUUCAGCCCCUUAUUGUGCUCUCCACUUCUCUUUCUGUCUUUCAGGCUUUCAUCCCGUGUAUCUGGUUUAUUCAGUCUCCCUAGCCCUUCCGGUACAGUGGACAGUGCUGUGCAGUGGCUGUGGAUAGACACCAACCAGAAGUUGUACAACUAGUUUGAGGAGCAAUUGUCCCAUUGGAAUUUCUAUGAGGCUGGGUGAUGGGUUACCUGGUACUAUCUGCAGAAUUACAAAAUCGAUGUGCCAUCGUAGGAGGAGCACCAGCUUCCUCUUGCCCACAAAGAGGGACUCCUCUGUGUCCGCCAGGAAAUUAGAGAUUGAGGUUUCUUCACUACUUCUGUGGAAUUCCCAUUUAGGCUGUGGGGCACUGGCUUUGCAUUCUAGCCACAGGGGUUCCUUUUAGAAGGUAGAAGGGGAGGUGGCAGGGAGUACACUUUCAUGUCAUUUAAUGUUGAUCCUGCCUUCUCCAGCUACUUCUUUCAGAAGGUACAUCUAAAGAUACAAAAUCCGCAUUUAAUAUAAUGCCUUAAUCACUGGUUCUACAAUUAAUGUUGACUGUUUUAGAUUGUAAGCUCCUGGAGAGCAGUAUUGCUGUAGUAGGAAUGUUUUAACAGUGUCAUGUGCGAAAGAACAAAUAAAUAUUCUGAUUUUGUGAUUCUA